UGCAGUAAAGAUCAGCAGCUAACACCAACAGGAAGUUAAUGUGAAAGCAGCCUCCUCCACGUCUCAGCUGACUGCAGGCAGUUUCCUGAAUAGAAAGAUUCCUGAAGCUUGGGUCAGUUUGAUCCAGUCUGCGUCUGUAAGUGAAGAGAGGAGUCAGCUAAUGGUUUUCAUCAGUUCACCGUGACCGAACGAGCAGACGAGUGUGAGGAACGGAUAGAACCACAGAGGGAAAACUGACGAAAACACGAACAGAGUUUGGUGCAGAGGGAGGGAGAGUCAUGUGAGAGGACACAACACAGACUCAGCACUCAAGUUUGCUGUUGUUAGCUUAGCAUUGAGCUGCACAACACAAACCACAGGAAAGCCUGCUGAUCGCAUGCUAACGUGCUAACAGCUGUGAGGGUCAGCAGAUGUCUGAGGAGACGAAGGGUCAGCUGCUGGCGAGUCAGACAGGAAGUGAGACGGGACGGAGUUUAGUGUGGUCUACAGUGAGACAGACUGAGACACACUGAUGGACUGAACAGUCUGACAGCUCAGCUCUGAAGACUUGUUGUGGUCACCUAAACGUUCACAGGCUUCAGGACACGUUCUGGCAUCAUGGAGCAGGAAGUGACCUUGGAGAAGGUUCUGGGUAUCACAGCUCCAGGGAACCGAGCGCUGGCCUGCGACCCGCGAACUGGACUGCUGGCUUAUCCCGCCGGGUGUGUCGUCGUCCUGUUGAAUCCUCGGAAGAAUAAACAGCAUCACAUCUUCAACAGCUCCAGGAAGGCAAUCACCACAUUAGCGUUUUCUCCAGAUGGGAAAUAUAUCGUCACAGGAGAGAGCGGCCACAUGCCGGCGGUUCGGGUUUGGGACGUGUCGGAGCGUCAGCAGGUUGCCGAGCUGCAGGAACAUAAAUAUGGAGUCGCCUGCGUGGCAUUUUCUCCCAAUGGAAAAUACAUUGUCAGCGUGGGCUACCAGCACGACAUGAUGGUCAACGUGUGGAACUGGAAGAAAAACGUUGUAGUUGCAGCCAAUAAGGUGUCCAGUAAAGUGACCGCAGUGUCCUUCUCAGAUGACAGCUCGUACUUUGUUACAGCCGGCAACCGCCACGUCAAGUUCUGGUACCUGGACCAUGCCAAGACUUCUAAGGUGAACGCCACCGUCCCUCUGCUGGGGCGUUCGGGGCUGCUGGGGGAGCUCAGGAAUAAUUUCUUCAGCGAUGUGGCGUGUGGCCGCGGUCGACAGGCCUCCUCCACUUUCUGCAUCACUUCCUCUGGUCUGCUGUGUGAGUUCAAUGACCGGCGACUCCUCGACAAGUGGGUCGAGCUGCGGAGAGUCGACUCCGCCUUCACAUCUCAGGCCACCUGUCUGUCCGUCACUGACGAGCUGAUCUUCUGUGGUUGUUCUGAUGGGACAGUUAGAGCGUUCAGCCCCGUGAACCUGCACUUCCUGUGCACUCUGCCCCGCCCACACUGUCUGGGAGCUGACAUCGCCAGUAUGGUGGAUGCCAGUCAGCUGUUCUCCUGCAGGUCGGAGGCUCGUUACCCGGACACCGUGGCGGUGACCUACGACCCCGCCAGCCGCAGGCUGUCAUGCAUCUACAACGACCACAGUGUUUACGUGUGGGACGUCCGAGAUGUGUGCGACCCACGCAGGGCGGGGAAACUGUACUCCGCCCUCUACCACUCGUCCUGCGUGUGGAGUGUGGAGGUGUACCCCGAGGGAGCAGGAGGAGGUGAGGUUUGUCUCCCCCCUGGAUCAUUCUUGUCGUGCUCCUCAGAUAACACCAUCCGACUGUGGAACCUCGACAGCCAUAACAUCAACAGGAACAUCCUGAGCCACGACCUGCAAAAGGUUAUUUAUGUGGACGACAGCAUUACCAGCCUCCUGGAUGUCGAGAGCGCCACAGUUGCCGGUGGCAACACGGAGAAGGCAGGGUCCUCAGGCUCAGAGGGGCAGCAGACGGACCAGAGCAGGGCGGGCAUUAGGACCCUGAGAGUCAGUCCUGAUGGACAGCACCUGGCCUCCGGAGACCGCACGGGGGUCCUCAGGAUCCAUGAUCUGGGCAGUAUGGAGGAGAUCAUGAACGUUCAGGCUCACGACUCAGAGAUCCUUUGCCUCGAGUUCUCCAAACCAGAUACUGGUCUCCAGCUGUUGGCCACAGCCAGUCGGGACCGUCUCAUCCACGUCCUGGAUGCAGGCAGAGAGUACAGUCUGGUUCAGACUCUGGAUGAGCACUCGUCAUCCAUCACUGCCAUCCGAUUCGCUGCCAACGAGGGUAAGGUGAGACUGAUCAGCUGUGGAGCCGAUAAGAGCGUCUACUUCCGCACUGCUCAGCGGACGAACGAGGGCUUGGAGUUCACGCGCACUCAUCAUGCGGUCAGGAAGACGACUCUGUAUGACAUGGACGUGGAACCAACCAGGAAGUACGCAGCAGUGGGCUGUCAGGACCGCAGCAUCAGGAUCUUUAACAUCAGUAACGGUAAACAGAAGAAGCUGUAUAAAGGCUCUCAGGGCGAAGACGGGACGCUCAUUAAGGUGCAGAUUGACCCGUCAGGACUCUACAUCGCCACCUCCUGUUCAGAUAAGAACAUCAGUAUUUUUGACUUCUACUCUGGAGAGUGUGUGGCCACCAUGUUUGGACACUCUGAGAUCGUCACAGGCCUGAAAUUCAGCAGUGACUGUAGACAUCUGAUCACAGUGUCUGGCGACAGCUGUAUCUUUGUGUGGCGUCUCAGUCCAGAGUUGACCAUCAGGAUGAAGCAGCGACUGGCUGACCUUCGACCUGCCAGCAUCAGUCUGAACUCCCAGAAUGCUCCUCAGCAGAAGGCAGUAAAUGUCAGCAGGGAGGCGUCGAGUCCUCGUGUGGUCACUCUGUCAUCUGACAGCGACAAGGAGGAAGAGGAGGAGGAGGAGGAGGAGCUCUGCUGUCCCCAUGUGGUCACAGCAGGAAGCCUGGAGGAGGAGACAGAGACAUCUGAUGACAAGUUCAGCUCUGUGGACUGCAGAGACAGCAGGAAGGAGGUGCUGGGGGGUCGACCUCCACGCCGACGCUGGUCCAGGAGAACAGGCAGCACAGAGGAUGGCGUUCUAACAGUGAAGUCCAUGUUGGACCUGAGACUGCUGGACUCCUACUGCCCAGACCGGCAAGAGGAGCAGCAGGCAGAGCAGGAGGUGAUGAAGCCACACCCCUCCGAUGUUAGCAUCUCCCCCAGCAGCCAGAGGCAGAAGGGCCCGGGUGUGGAGCUGGGGAGCACCGUCAGUCUGCAGGUCACCACUGCAUGGGCAGAGGAAGAUGAGAUGAGGACCAAUCAGAGGCCAGACUUUAUCCAGUUGUCCAAUCAGAGCCCAGACGGGGAGGACAUGGUGUUGUAUCCUGACCAAUGGGAGGACAGAGUGAGCCUGGCAGAAAGUGAGUUCCAGGUGAAGGAGGCGUGUCCUGUCGCUGCAGGUGGACGACAGGACAAACCCAGUCCAGACAGCGGCUGCUCACUGGGAUUCAACUCCAGUAUGUCCAGUCCAGUCAGACCUGCAGGAAAUGACUCGGAGCCCACAGAGCCUCUCAGUGGGGAUGGAAACUCCUCUGAGCUGGAGGAGGAUGAAGAGGAGGGAGGAAGAGGAGGAGAGGUCAAGGCCUCUCAGUUCGUCCCUCAGACUCCAGACCAGGAAGCGUUCCUCAAGGAACACUUUGUCACCCUGGCUGACCUCUCAGGCCCAGGGAGUCCGAGCAGGGCGUCUCACAGCUCCAGUGAGAGUCUGAGCAUCUCGUCCAGGUUCCUCUCCCAGAACUCAGCGGGAAGUCGGACUGUGCUGCUUCUGCCAUCACGGACCACUGGGGAAGGAGGGGGGGGAGGAGGAGGAGGAGGAGAGGUGAAGGUACGUCCUCUAGUCUCAGAGGUUCGACCGCUGAUGGAGCAGAACCUGAAUCAGGCCCAGGAAAAAAGGGUUUCAUGGAACCAGGACACAACUCAGAAACAGGACCAAGACGAGACUCCCUCAGUUCAUGAGCAGGUACAGUCCAAGAACCAGACCAAGCAGGACCAAACACAGCCUCCUCAGGCCAGGAAUCAGAACCAGCAGAGCCGGAUGGAGGAGGACGAGACCUCCUCGGCUCAGCAGGCCCACCGGCCCUCCCCACUGAAGAAGAGGGUUCAAACUGCAGUUGAAUCCAGGAGGAACCUGGGCCCAACGGCCCGGGCUGCCGCUUCCCAUCUGAGCUCCUCCUCUGGACUCCGGAAGGCUCAGUCGGUCCAGAGCCUGCUGAACGAGACAGGUGACUCCUCUCUCUUCCAGUCAACCUCUCAUCCAUCCAAGGAGGUCUCCCCCCAGCUGCUCCUCCCGCCACAGCGUCCCACCACCCUGCCUUUCUCCCCCAGACGUCCUCCAUCUACAGCCCUGCCCUUACAGAGACCCUGUCCUGCCUCCCCCAGGUCCCCCCAGCAGGAAACUGCUUCUGCUCCAUCUGCUGUCACCACCCAAAGGAAGUCCUCCUCCUCCUCCUCCUCCACCCAAUCGGCACCGCGCUCCUACAUGAGUCCCACUGCCAGCUCUAUGGCCAAGAUGUCUCGCUCCGUCUCUGUAGGCGAUGGCCUCCACAUCUCCGAACCCACUGAGGAUCCUUCAGUAACAUCAUCCUCUCAGGUCAAAGAAACUCCGCCUCCUCUUGUUGCCAUGGUGCUCUCCAGUGCAGUUCUGGCCGCGCCCCCUCAUGCUGCAGUUGUCCCUGUCGUCGUUGCCUCCUCGUCUUCAUCUGUGGGUAACCAUGGUAACCCGGCAGCCCCUCCAUCUCGCAGUCUCCAGGCUCGGGUCCCUGGCAGCAGCAGGCCGCUCCCCGACAAACCUUCCCUCGCCUCCUUCUCACCUUCACCCUCGAGUCCAUCAUCCCGGCCUGCUCCAGUCUCCGUCUCUCCCCUGACUCCCCCACAGCAGGAUGAGGAGCCUCAGACUCCUGCGGACCAGAGAGAUGACACAGACCAGCCAAUCAGCGUGGAGACCUGCAGAGCUCUGACCAGUGAGCUGCAGAGCUGCUUCAGGAGAGCAACACACCUGUACAGGAAGGUGAGCGGCUCCUGCCCCGAUGACUCCGCCCCCGACCGGCAUCAGAUGGCUGUGGUCCUGUCAGAGGCCUUCCAGGCCAUGAGGGCGGAGCUCGACUGUCUGCCGCUCGGCGCUCCGGGCGUGCUGGGCGGGGUGGGGGAGGAGAAGACGGCGGCUCUGCUGGAGGAGUACUCGCUGCUGCUGCUGCAGGCCGUCCACAGGAGGCUCAACACACACUGAACACACACUCCUGGUCUUCCUCACUCCUACCUCCUCCUCAUCGUCCCCCAUCGCCUCCUUCAGGUCUUUUUCCUUUCACUCCAUUUUGUCCUCAUCAUCCAAAAGUCCUCUUUCUUGUCUUCCUCCUCCUCCUCCUUGCAGAUGAAGGAUCUGAAGCCAUUUUGAUUUUCUCAGAAUCUCUGGUCUUACAAGACCGUUUUUUUUAGAAAACUUUUUAUCAGGUUGUUCUUGAAGACGAUUUCCUCCGACCGAGUCGUGGAAGUUUUCCCAUUUUCAUUCCCUGAAGUCAUUUGUUUGGGGGAAUCGGAACGAGUGAUUAUUGAUUUUUGAUUAUUGUUAAUGUUAGACUGUAGAGACUUGAAGCAAUAUGAGACAUUUUGUUUGAUUUGAACAAACUUUAUUGUUGUUUCCUGACUCACUUGAAUGUGAAAGACUUCCUGCAGCAGAACUUGUCAUGUUUGUAUUUAUUUGCUGUUACAGACUACUGACUGGCUCUUUAUUCCUCACCUGAACCAGACUUUCACUCUCCCUUUUUCUAAAAUCUCGGCUCUAAUGGAGGAUGUGCAUUUUUGUAAUUGUUAUUAGAGAAACACUUUUAGGGACUCAAUUGUUUCUAACAGUUUGUUGUAACACCCACAGGUCAAAGUUCUGUUUUAAUCGUGUUUUUUCUCAAAAUGUAAUAAAAUUUGGGACUUUUGUCUCAUUUUUUAAAUGA